UUCCUGGUUUUGCUACUGACGUGGCUAACGAAUAGCUGCGACUACCGGUCAGGAAUUCAGUGGGAAAAUAAACACCUCAGUUGGUUCAUACGACGUUUAGUUCUCACAGAUUUUAAAAAGCUUUUUGUUCCUAUUUUGCUGGAGUUUGUUCUGUUUUUCAUUGUGUUAAUUUAAGUCUGCGUUUGGAACAUGUUGGACUUCUUCGCCAUCUUCAGUAAAGGAGGUUUCGUGUUGUGGUGUUUUCAGGGCGCCGGGGUAACCGAGUGCUUUACAGGCCCUGUGAACGCUCUCAUCCGCUCCGUCAUCCUGCAGGAACGUGCUGGGAAUAGUCCCUUCUUCCACAAUGCCUUGAAUCUUAAAUACAAACUGGACAAUGAAUUUGAGCUUGUGUUUGUGGUGGGUUUUCAAAAAAUCCUGACGCUUACGUAUGUGGACAAAUUAAUAGAUGAUGUCCAACUUCACUUCAGAGAUCGUUAUAAAAAUGAGCUGGAGCAGCGGGAUGCCCUGAAGUUCUUGAUCGGUUGUUUUCAGUUUGAUGACGACUUUCAUAGGCUUCUGCGCGUGGUGGAAGCUGAAAGCAUAGCUAAACCCCCAAAGGCCAUGAGGACUUACAGUGAGUCCCAGAAAUCUCAGAAAACUGUGGGAUCCAUGAUUGAGACAAAAAAUGAAGACAAAAGCAAAGAGUCUACUGGCAAGAAGAAUAAACAUAACCGGAAAGAAGCAGGAGGAGGGGAACAAGUCGAGCCUUUUCAGGCUGGCUCCAAGAAGGCAGUAGAGAAGAAUAAUCAGGGCCUGAGCCAGGAGGAGAUCAUUCAGAAGAACCUUGCUGAAUUCAUCCGCAAGCAAGCAUGUGGACGAACGGAGAAGUCCAAUAAAUCACCAAAGCCCCAGAAGCCAAAGGGGAAGGAGAAAAGAGUUUGGGAUAUGGGUGGUACAAGCACCAAAGACCUAGACUACAGUGGAAGCAAUAACAAGAGUUCCUUUAAUAACCAAGGGCAAGAUGACGAGUUCCCAGCUGAAACACAAAUAAAGGUGGGCUCUAUGAAGGGAGACCUGCAAGAUGUGGACUGCGAGUCUUCUGAGGAUAUGGAUGAGGAAGAGGAGGAACCAAAGGAGAUGUUGGUGUCUGUCAGCAGAAAGGGAGCCAGAAAAGGUGCUAUUGGUGGUAUGUUUGGAGUGCUGAAAGGCCUGGUUGGCUCAAAGACCCUGACUCUGCAAGAUAUGGAACCAGUUCUGGAGAAGAUGAAAGAUCACCUAAUUGCUAAGAAUGUAGCAGCUGACAUUGCCUCACAACUUUGCGAUUCUGUGGCCAGGAAACUGGAAGGGAAGAUUAUGGGGACUUUUACCUCUGUGGCGUCUAUGGUAAAGCAGGCUCUACAGGAUGCUCUGGUGCAAAUCUUGCAGCCAAAACGAAGGGUGGACAUUCUGAGAGAUGUACUUGAGGCACAGGCUCAGCACAAGCCCUUUGUCAUUACCUUCUGCGGGGUCAAUGGGGUUGGCAAGUCCACCAACCUUGCCAAGGUCUCAUACUGGCUAAUUGAAAAUGGCUUCUCAGUGCUGAUUGCUGCAUGUGACACAUUUCGUGCUGGUGCAGUGGAACAGCUGAGGACUCAUCAGCGGCGACUGAGUUCACUACACCCACCACAGCAGCAUGGACGCCCUGUCGUUCAACUCUUUGAAAGGGGUUAUGGCAAGGAUGCUGCUGGGAUCGCAAUGGAGGCUAUUGCUUAUGCCCGUAAUCAGGGGUUUGAUGUUGUGCUGGUGGAUACAGCUGGCCGCAUGCAGGAUAAUGCUCCACUAAUGACUGCUCUGGCUAAGCUUAUUGCGGUCAAUACUCCAGACUUGGUGCUGUUUGUAGGAGAGGCUUUGGUGGGCAAUGAGGCUGUGGAUCAGCUGGUUAAGUUUAAUAAGGCACUGGCUGACCAUUCCAUGUCCGAUCAUCCGAGACUCAUAGAUGGCAUUGUUCUCACCAAGUUUGACACUAUUGAUGAUAAGGUUGGUGCUGCAAUUUCCAUGACCUACAUCACAAGUCAGCCCAUCGUGUUUGUAGGCACAGGACAAACCUAUAAUGACCUCCGCAGCCUCAAUGCCAGAGCUGUUGUAAAUGCGCUCAUGAAGGCCUGAAUUGUGUGCAGAAUUACGUACAGGAAGGGGUUCCGUUGUAUCUGGUUAAGGGUUGACCAGCCAGUUGACACCACUUGGUGUUAGUCUUAAGAGGUUCAACUCUUUUAUUUCAGGUCUUAUUAGAAAUCAUGAACAUACCGGUUUCUUUAGAUUCCACUUUGCAAAACUUAAUUUAAGGAGAAGUUUAAAAUUGUCUUCAAGGUGUUAUUUACACUAUUGUAUUCUAGACCCAGGCCUUGUGCUUGAGCAGUACUAGCGAUUGUCCCGUUCUAAUGAAAGUCUCAAUAUGGCUAAUGUCUGCUUGCAGCAUUUUUACUAAUAUGAUUAUUACAGCAUCACAGCACAAAAACUUUCCUAUUCCAUCCUGGAAAAAUGUGUUGAUGUUGAGUAAGGUGAUAGGAUAGGAAGCAGUCUUUUACUUCCCUCAUCUCUUGCUCCCUGAGCACAACCCCUAGUGCUCCUAAGCUCUCUCCCCAAAGGGUAGAACACACGUACAAUAAAGGAACUCAAACAGUAUUUUUGUUGCUCUUAAUUUAACAUUCUUUUUAAACCUUUCCCCCAUUUCUGUAUACUUUUUAGUCUGUAAUAAAUAUUGUCUUCAAUAUCCGAUAUAAAUUCAGUUCCAAUAUUAUUGGUGCCCUUGGUAAUAAUGAAAAGUAUGGUUAAUUUAAUGAGAGAAUUCUAACAUUUAAUGAAAGAAAUUUAUUCUAAAACAAUAAAUUCUUCUGAAGAAAACGUA